AUGAGUGAGAUAUUGGACAAAAUAUUACCAUUUGCUUCCAAAUGGUAUGUUAUAUUAACGGCGGCAGCCGUGGUUUAUUUUCUUGUUUCGUUUAUUGAGUAUCAAAGUUUUGUCAAAAAGCAUGGAUGUAAAGAAGCCACGAAACUAGACACUCCAUAUUUUUGUAUUCCUCAGUUACGUCAGAUAUUGAAGAAAAAGUCGGAAGGUCGCAUGGUUGAUUAUAUCAAAGAGAUUUUCGAUACAGCAGGUAAGGACACUUUGUAUUUGCGUUUGGCUUCAGUAAGGGUCGUAGUAACCAAUGAUCCCGAAAACAUUAAGGCUGUAUUAGCAACUCAAUUCAAUGACUUCGCUCUCGGGACGAGGCACGCACAUUUCAAGCCAUUGUUAGGGGAUGGUAUAUUUACUUUAGAUGGUGAGGGCUGGAAACAUUCAAGAGCCAUGCUUAGACCUCAAUUCGCCAGGGAACAGGUUGCUCAUGUUAAGUCCCUUGAGCCACACUUACAAGUUUUCGCUAAACAUAUCAAAUUAGCAGAAGGCGAUACCAUUAAUAUCCAAGACUUAUUCUUUAAAUUGACUGUUGACACUGCCACAGAAUUUUUGUUUGGUGAAUCAGUUCAUUCGUUAUAUGACGAAAAGAUUGGCUUACCAGCACCCUUAGAUUUUGAUGGGAAAGUAGCUUUUGCUGAAUCAUUCAAUGUAUCGCAGCAGUACUUGAGUUCUAGAGCUUAUUCUCAGUUUCUAUACUUCCUUAUUAACAACAAAGAAUUCAGGAGUAAUAAUGCAAAGGUUCACAAGUUUUGCAAAUACUAUGUGGACAAGGCUUUGAACACUUCGCAAGAUGAAUUGGAUAAAAAGUCGAAGGAUGGAUAUAUCUUUUUAUAUGAGUUGGUCAAACAAACGAGGAAUGCCAAAGUGUUGCAGGAUCAAUUAUUGAAUAUAUUAUUGGCUGGAAGAGAUACCACUGCUGGCUUGUUGUCAUUCACCUUUUUUGAAUUGGCUAGGAAUCCAAGAAUUUGGGAAAAGUUGAAAGAAGAAAUUUAUGAUCACUUUGGAUCAGGUGAUAAUGUCGAUAUCGAAGCGAUAACCUUCGAAUCAAUGAAAAAAUGCGAAUAUUUAAAGUUUGUUUUAAAUGAAGCUCUCAGAUUAUACCCUUCUGUGCCAAUAAACUUUAGGGUUGCCACUAAAACGACUACAUUACCUAGAGGCGGUGGGCCAGAUGAGCAAUCUCCUGUUUACGUAGGUAAAGGUACAACUGUUGCCUAUUCGGUGUACUGUACUCACAGACUUGAGGAAUAUUAUGGAAAGGAUGCGUUAGAGUUCAGACCAGAAAGAUGGGCUGAUAUUAAGAGACUAGGAUGGGCUUAUGUUCCCUUCAAUGGUGGACCUAGAAUCUGCUUGGGGCAACAGUUUGCCUUGACAGAGGCAAGCUAUGUUAUCACAAGGUUGGUACAAAUGUUUCCUAACUUAGUUUCUAAGGAUGACAGACCAUACCCUCCCCAAAAAUCAGUUCAAUUAACCAUGUGUCAUCAAGAUGGUGUUUUCGUCUCUUUAAGCUAA